UGCAAUUUGAGCAAAACAAAUAAUCUUUGUCCGCAUUGAUUCUCGUGCGGUGCGAGGAAUGUUGUUGGUUGAAAUACAAAAUUCACGCCCAGAAACCCUGAUUUAACCAUGGAAAUCAGGCUGAAACUUUACCAAUUUGCUUGCCUUUUUUUGGCGUUUGUUAGCGCGGAGGAAGAGCAGAAAUUAUUAAGCGAUCACAAUGAAUAUCAAGUCCUAGAACCGCGAAUAUUUCUGCCGAUUAUCGCGCGGAACGUAGAACACUCAUUACCGAAUUGGCUUGGAUAUUUAGAGAAGUUGGACUACCCAAAAAAGAGAAUUUAUUUAUGGAUUAGAAGUGAUCAUAAUGAAGAUAAAACAUCAAACAUACUUCAGACAUGGGUGCAGAAUGUUCGUGAUCUUUACCAUGGUAUAGAUAUUGACACAACAAAUAUUGAGGAGAAAUACAGUGAUGCAGAAGGAGUUAACCACUGGUCAGAAAUGAGAUUUAAGCAUUUGAUUAAGUUAAGACAGGAAGCUUUGGAUGAAGCUAGAAGACAUUGGGCUGAUUAUAUAUUUUUUUUAGAUUGUGACAUUUAUAUAACAAAUCCAGGAACACUGUGGUCAUUGAUAGAGCAAAGGAAGACUUUGAUAUCACCAAUGGUACAUUCAUUUGUUAAAAAAUCAGCAUUUUCAAACUACUGGUGCGGAAGAAAUGAACAGGGUUACUAUAAGAGAACAGAUGAGUACUUACCAAUAUUAAGACGCCAAAAUACUGGUUGCCAUGAAGUCGUCAUGUUGCAUUCUGUCACAUUGAUUGACUUACGAAGAAUUGCAACCACGAAACUUUAUUAUAACCCUGAAGGAGAAGACUAUGAUGGCCCUAUUGAUGAUGUCAUGGUUUUCGCUCAUUCUGUUUCUGAAGCAAAUUUAAAAUUUUAUGUGCUAAACAAAGAAGAUUAUGGGUAUCUUAUUGAACCAAUGCCUGGAGGCACGACUCUACGGGAUUCUCAAAUGAAAUUCCAACAUAUCAAAUUAGAGUUAAUUGUUGAUGAGAUUGAAAUGGCAGAAAGCGCUUAUGUUCCCGUGAAAUAUCCAGUUCCUGAUAAAGCUGGAUUUGAUGAGGUGUUCGUAAUCAAUCUGGCUCGUCGUCCAGAUCGGCGAAAAAAGAUGAAGCUAUCUCUCGAUUUGCUUGGAAUCAAUGGAACUUUUAUUGAUGGUUAUGAUGGCAAGCGAGUAUCUGACGAGGAAAUUGAUAAUCUUGGUAUUAAAGUUCUUGAUGGUUAUGCAGAUCCAUUCCAUGGCAGGCCUGUAACAAAGGGCGAAAUUGGUUGUUUUAUGAGUCAUUUUCUACUGUGGGAGAAGAUGGUGAGAGAAAAUUUGCAAGUUGUUAUGUUUUUGGAGGACGACAUCAGAUUUGAGCCCGACUUUCGAAAAAAAGUUGAAGAUCUCAUGUCUGAAGCAGAACAGCUUGAGUGGGAUUUCAUGUAUCUUGGACGAAAGUUAGUGAACGAACAGGCUCAAGACAAACGGAUACCAGGAAUUGAUCAUUUAGUGAGGCCUGGUUACUCCUGGUGGACUUUGGGAUACGUAAUAACUUUAGAAGGGGCGAAAAAAUUGUUGGCUCCAAAUCCUUUGCAAAGAUUUGUUCCUGUUGAUGAAUACAUACCAAUCAUGUUUGAUGAUCAUCCAGAGAAAGAUUGGGUUGCAAGGUUUGAAGUUAGAAAUCUUAAUGCUCUCUCAGCUUCGCCAUACGUUCUUUACCCAACACAUUAUAUUGGUGACGAAGGAUAUUUCAGUGACACAGAGACCUCAACCUUUGCACCACGAUCCAAUAAGACUAAAACGGGAGGCCAAGGUAAAGCACCUGCUCCGAAAGUUGAACUGUAACAGUAGAAGAGGGGUUGUCUAGGGUUAUGCAUGGUCAUCUCAUGUGCAAUAAAAUAAGGUCAUGCUAUUCUCUAAGAAAACUACUGUAGGAAAUAUUGUUUGGGGGUAAUUUUUCCUUCGGACAAAAAUCAUUGCUUCUCAGUGAUCUUUUUCAAAGCUUGGUUAGCCUGGAAAAACUAUUUUUUGUUUCUCGAGCAUGUUUUCCAACGAGAGUGGAAAUGCAGGAGAACAAGAUAUAGGGACAGAACUUGAUCGUGAGUAAUAUAGGAAAUUAAAAAUAUUUUUAAAUAUUUUAAUACAAUACGAAGGCGCUCAAAAUUAAAGGAUUUAUGAAAUUUAUUAAGCUUCAAAUAUUUAAAAAUAA